GCAAGGCCCGAUCACCCGGCUUUUGCAGGGAAGGCAGCGGGGUGAACAUGGCUGAAGGUAGCUGCGGCGGACCAACGUGCAGUGGGGUGGUCGGCAGGCAGGAGCCGGUCCCCAAUAGCAGGGGCUGCAACUUUCCAGAGUAUGAACUUCCCGAGCUAAACACUCGCGCCUUCCACGUGGGUGCCUUUGGGGAGCUGUGGCGGGGCCGACUGCGCGGGGCCGACGACUUGUCGUUGAAGGAGCCUCCGGCUCCCGCGCUGCCCGGGAUCCGAGGGGACGCCGACUCCGCUGGAGAGGAUGCCGCGGUGGCCCGGGAUCUGGGCUGCAGCCUGGAGGCGGCGGCCGAGCUGAGGACAGUUUGCGGCCUUGAUAAACUGAAGUGCCUUCAGGAAGGCGAGGAUCCAGAAGUCAUCCCAGAGGACACUGACUUGGUGACUUUGGGGGUUAGAAAGAGGCUCAUGGAACAUCGGGAAGAAACCAUAACGAUAGAUCGGGUGUGCAGACAAGAAACAUUUGCUUACGAGAUGGAGUCACAUGCCAUAGGAAAAAGGCCUGAAAAUCCAGCAGACCUGGUUGAAGAGGGGGAGCUUAUCUUAUCUCUGAAUAUCUUGUACCCUGUUAUAUUUCAUAAGCACAAAGAACACAAACCAUACCAGACCAUGCUGGUAUUGGGCAGUCAAAAGCUCACAGAACUGAGGGAUUCAAUCUGCUGUGUCAGUGACCUCCAGAUUGGUGGGGAAUUCAGCAACACUCCUGACCAAGCUCCUGAGCACAUCAGCAAAGAUCUAUACAAAUCAGCCUUCUUUUAUUUUGAAGGAACAUUUUACAAUGAUAAACGAUAUCCUGAAUGCAGAGAUCUGAGCAGGACCGUCAUCGAGUGGUCCGAGGCCCACGAUAGAGGCUAUGGGAAGUUCCAGACUGCUGCCAUGGAGGAUUUCACCUUCAGUGACUUGGGGAUCAAACUGGGCUUUCCUUACUUAUACUGUCACCAGGGAGACUGUGAACACGUUGUUGUCAUCACCGACAUAAGGCUUGUGCAUCGUGACGACUGCUUGGAUAGGACACUUUAUCCCCUUCUUAUCAAGAAGCACUGGCUAUGGACGAGAAAAUGUUUUGUUUGUAAAAUGUACACAGCCAGGUGGGUGACGAACAAUGACAGUUUUGCACCAGAGGAUCCAUGUUUCUUUUGUGAUGUUUGCUUCCGAAUGCUCCACUAUGAUUCAGAAGGCAACAAGCUGGGGGAAUUCCUUGCUUAUCCUUACAUUGAUCCAGGAACCUUUAAUUAAGGCUAACACAACAAAAAAAGAACCCUUUGAAAAAUAACUGUCCUCUUGGAUGCUUAUGUCCAAGAAAUGCCACGGAGGAAAACAAUCCACCCGAACAAUCAGCUGAAGCUACAAAAGUCAAAUUAUAGAUUUUCUAAUGAAGUAACUUGAUCAUAUUUAAAGCUUAGUAACUUGAUAUAGUAAAUUAUUUUAGUAUUUAUUAAAGUAUAUUUUCUAUUCAGAGUGCCUUUUGCUUGUUUUUAACUGGGUUGUUUAUAGUAUUGAGUUAUAGCAGUGCUCUAUAUAUCUGAAUACAAGUCCUUUGUCAGAUAUAUGUAUUGUGAUUCUUUUCUCCCAGUCUGGCUUGCCUGUUCAUUCUGUGUCCAGAAUGCUUUUUGCUACUAAUAUGACUCAUCAAGUGGUAGAAAUGCCUUGAAAUUCUUUGAAGAAUGUGAGAACUACACCUUGUACCAUGAGGCGUCCAAGGUAUGGAUCCUUCAAAUAUCUGUAAUAAAAAAUAUAAGUUAAGCAAAGAGGAAAUUAUUAAGAACAGCUGUGUAAUCUUACAGUGGGCUCUUUUUUAACAUUAAGGGUUUUUUGAUAGAAAGUAGGCACUCUAGACAUUUUAACGAGACUGUCACCACGUAAUGAGUUUAAUGGAUCUUGUUAGGUCACAUACCCCUCAAGAAGUAACACUUAAGUUGAAAGCUUCAUUUCUGGACAAGAACUUUUUGUGAGUCACACUAAGUUUAAAAUGUAUGACAAUUUAGUAUUUUUAUGAUAAAAUGAACAGUAGCAUAAUUUAUGCAGUAUGAUGACUGGGACUUGAGAAAUGAGGAUCCUAUGGUUUGCUAGCUCUGGCUCACUUACUCUCAGGCUGUAACACACAGUUCUAUAAGCAAAAAAAAAAAAAAAAAUUUCUGGCUCAGCUCUACCAUUAUUUUGAUCCCCUUACUGAUAAUCCUAUUGUCUCAUUCUGGGCCAAAGAGAAAAUUUUUCGUAGCUUCUGAGGUCAAGAUCAUCAGAGAAGAUUGUAGCUAUAUCUGAAAUAUCUUCUGGAAACCAUUUGCAUUUUUGGACUGGAAAAUUUAAUACUGUUUUAAGACUAUGAAAUGCUGUAAUAUGAAUUACUUCAAUUUAAAUGUGUCAUAUUUAUAUUUCACUUUCUCUCUUCUAGGUUGUAUUUAAAUUCAACUGAAUUUCACAUUUCCCUGGAUGACUAAGAACAGACUUUUACAAUAUAAAUCAAAAACUGGUGAGGCCUAUAUACACUUAUUUUAUAUGCUUUGUGGACUUAAAUGCCGCAUCUCCAAUUAAGUUGAUUGGUGUGGAGAUGACAAGCCACCUGUUUUUGGUAUGUCUAGUGAUGUUCUUAUUCACAGAUUCAAUCAGUAUACCAACAGGCUGGCUUAUGUUGUGCCUAAAUUUUUAUCUCCCUAUAUUGUGAACACUGAGCAGAUUGAAAAUAACCAUAGGUUUAAGGUAAAUGAGUGAUUUACCCAAUACCUCAAAGUCUGCAGGUAAACAUGUAUUCUUAUUUCAUUAUGAAUAUGCAGAGGUUUACUUUUAUCCUUUUCGUCAUUUCCUGCUCUCAAAACAGCAAGUUCCAGAAAGUGGAUUAAUUGCCUUACUGCAUCAUUCCACGUGUGGUGCCAGUCAGGUCAUCUUAGUGAACAAAAAAAGAACAAUGUCAGUUAAAACACAAUAUGGUGUUUUAUCACUGAGAAUAUUAUCCUGCUGGUUCUUCAGUUUAGCUUUUGCACCAAAGUUAAAAGUUUCCUGGUGAAACCAAGAGAGGAAAUGCUAACUAGGUUACUCUCAGAAUUUGCCAGUGUGUUACCAACUUAAGUCUUAAGAAAUUCCUAACUUUAUGUAAUUCGCAGCUAUAAAUUCCCUUAAUCGAAGACAACUUUUCCCUUAUGCCUAUUUCAGUCAAGUAAACACAUCGUACCUGUUAUUACAUAUAAAUAUCAGUUUCUAAUUAAGAAAGCAAUUAUGAAUAUGUUGCCAUAAACCUUUCAAACAAGAGCCUUUGUAGUUAUUAAGAGAAAGAUCAGUUAUCUCUAAGAUUGGAGAAUUACACAGCACAAAUAUAAAGACAUUGCUGCCUAGACACCUGUUCCUUCAUUUCCUGAGGCCUCAAUAUGGGCUUGCUAUUUCCAAUAGAUCAGCCCUUCUCUGGCCAAUCUUACAGAGUCCUAUAAAAGCCUUUGCUGUCAUACAAGACUAGAUGGCAGACCUCCUCUUGACCUGAUGCCAGGUAAGUGUAUGUGGACAGAUCCAUGGCUUAGUGCACUACUUCAGUGUAUCAGCAAAAACUGGGUAAAAUCUAUAUCCUACUAUCUUAUAACUAGAAUAGCUAUUACAAGGCUUAAGUUACUGUAGUCAAGCUGUUCCACAAAAUCGUACAGGUUCUCUGAGAUGAUACCAUCUUGUGUAUACCUAAGAAUCACCUGGGGAUCUCGUUAAAAUGUAGAUUCCGAUUCAGUGUGGAAAUUCUAAUUUUCCGCAGCAGGUUGAAUCAAAAUGAACCCGUUCAGAGCUCUGGAAAUUUCUACAAGCAACUGAGAAAAUCUUCAGCUGAGUCAUGUGAAACUUACUCUUGAAAGGUUGUUCAUAACAUAAAUACACAAUUUUUUUGCUAUCUCUAAAUAGGAAAGCAUGUCUUAGCUUUUUCAGCUAUGGAAUUUUGACCAAAUACACUAUUUAAAUUGAGCCAAUGUUUCUGAUAGUCAGAAGACCUUUUCUUAAGCGUUUUGAGAGUGUUACCUGUGAAUCACCUAUGGCAGAUUGAGAAAGCAGCUUUAACACAACAGCUAUCAACUGGUUAGAGCACGCUCAGCCCACGCAGGCAGACAUAUAAAUUAUGAUUAGACUCCUGAUCUCCAGAAGCCGAAAAUGCUGUGGUUUCUUGGCAAAAGUACAGAUUUGUUGGGUCACGGAAAAAAAGGGAGGGUGGACAAAAGAUAAAUAACAUUUCCUUUAUUUUUAUAAUUUUGAGCUUUUUUGUUACCCUGUCUAACCAAACAACAAAAUCUCUAUGAGCAAUUAAAUUAUUUCCUUGGUAGCAAAUUCAGAAUUCUAUCUCUUGCUCUUGUAAAUAGCAAAAAAAGUAAUUUACUAGUAGAGUUUGAUAGAAAAAUUCUUUAAUCAAACAAUUUUACAUGUUGACACUUAUGGCUUAACUAGAACAAAUCUGUCCAAAUCCAAACAGAUGACUGGUUUAUAUAAUAUUAUAGCAGAGUUCCAUCAAAACAAUGGGUCCUAGUUCCAUUAUAAGACCCUUCAAAAGCAAAAUUCCAAUUAUUGAAAUUGAAGAUUCAAACUUUUCAUCUAUAGAUGAAAACUAUCCAUGAAGUUAAAAUGCACAAUGCUUGUCACACACCUUUUGGGGGCAACUUCUAAACCACAGGCCUAAAGUUACAACUUACCUUUUAAGCCAUUUUCCCAUAUUCAUAUAGUUUCAAAACAUGAGAAGUGUCUUUUAGCUAUUGAAAUCCACCAGCUGACCUAAUAUUCAAAAUACAAUGCUAUCCCUUAGUUAAUAUACCCUUAAAUUUUGCCUUAACAGUUCACUCUGAUUUAGCCCAAUAUGAAUAUAUAGACUAUCAAAA